AUGCAGUUCAACAAGGAGGAAUUCCGGCGCCAGGUGGGCGCCGGGCUGGGCCGCCUGCACAGUGAGUCCCCACCCAGGGCAAGGUUCCUGGAGCGGCGUCAGGAUGGCGCUGAGGACCUGGAGCUGAGCUCAGGCGGGGGGCCCGGGGUGGCACCCGAGCCCCCUGAGGCCCCCGUGGUGGACUGCACGUUCUGCGGGCUGCCCCGGCGCUACGGCAUCGCCGUCCUCUGCGGCAUCGGCUUCUGCAUCAGCUUCGGCAUCCGCUGCAACCUGGGCGUGGCCGUGGUCAGCAUGGUCAACGGGGCUCCUGGGCAGCGCGCCCAGUUCAACUGGGACCCCGAGACGGUGGGGAUGAUCCACGGCUCCUUCUUCUGGGGCUACAUCGUCACCCAGAUCCCGGGGGGCUUCAUCGCCCAGAAAUUCGCCGCCAACAGGGUGUUCGGCCUGGCCAUCGUGUCCACGUCGGUGCUGAACAUGCUGAUCCCCUCGGCCGCCCGCACGCACGUCGGCUGCGUCAUCGCCGUCAGGGUCAUGCAGGGGCUCGUGGAGGGCGUGACGUACCCGGCCUGCCACGGCAUCUGGAGCAAAUGGGCCCCUCCCCUGGAGCGGAGCCGCCUGGCGACCACGGCCUUCUGCGGGUCCUAUGCAGGGGCGGUGGUGGCCAUGCCCCUGGCCGGGGUGCUGGUGCAGUACACGGGCUGGAGCUCCGUCUUUUACGUCUACGGCAGUUUUGGGGUGUGCUGGUUCAUGUUUUGGGUGCUGGUGUCCUACCCUAGCCCCGCCCAGCACCCCACCAUCACCCCUGAGGAGCGCAAGUACAUCGAGGAGAGCAUCGGGGAGAGCGUGGGCACCAAUCCCCUGCUGGUGGAUGGCCACCCCUGGCGCCAGUUCUUCACCUCCAUGCCCGUCUACGCCAUCAUCGUGGCCAACUUCUGCCGCAGCUGGACCUUCUACCUGCUGCUCAUCAGCCAGCCCGCCUACUUCGAGGAGGUCUUUGGCUUCGAGAUCAGCAAGGUGGGGCUGCUGUCGGCGCUGCCCCACCUGGUGAUGACGAUCGUGGUGCCCAUCGGCGGCCAAAUCGCCGACUUCCUGCGCUCCCGGGGGCUCAUGUCGACCACCAACGUCAGGAAGAUGAUGAACUGCGGCGGGUUUGGCAUGGAGGCCACGCUGCUGCUGGUGGUCGGCUACUCGCACUCCCGCGCCGUCGCCAUCUCCUUCCUGGUGCUCGCCGUGGGCUUCAGCGGCUUCGCCAUCUCCGGGUUCAACGUGAACCACCUGGACAGCCGCCCCCCGCUACGCCCAGCGUCCUCAUGGGGGCUCUCCAACGGCGUGGGGACCCUGUCGGGGAUGGUGUGCCCCCUCAUCGUGGGGGCCCUCACCCGCCACAAG